GUGCAGGGAGUCAUCCACCCAUAUCACUGAUAGAAUAUAGCAACUUACAAUUUGAAGCCCACAAAGUACCUUUAAGCAAGCAUGGCAGCAAAGAUAUUUGCCCUCCUUGCACUCCUUGCUCUCUCCGUGAGUGCUACCACCGCUGUCAUUAUUCCGCAGUGCUCACUAGCCGCCUCCGCUGCCACUAUUCCACAGUUCCUCUCACCUAUCGCAGCCGUCGGCUAUGAGAACCCAAUUGUGCAGUCCUAUAGGCUACAGCAUGCACUUGCAGCUAGCAACCUACAAUCAUCGGCAAUUGCCUUACAGCAACAGGCAGCCUUACUGCAGCAGCAAUCUUUGGCCCAUCUGAUAGCACAGAGCAUCGUGGCACAACAACAACAACGUGUUCUAUCACCGUUCAGCCAGCUAGGCCUGGCCAACCCCGCCACCUACUUGCAGCAACAGAUGUCACUCCCAUUCAACCAGCUUGCCGCGGUGAACCCCGCUGUCUACUUGCAGCAGCAACUGCUUCCAUUCAACCAACUAGCAGUUGCGAACUCCGUCGCAUUCUCGCAGCAGCAACAGCUGCAGACAUUCAACCCACUUGCUGUGGCUCACCCCGCCGCCUUCUGGCAGCAACAGCAGCUCGUCAACCAACUUGCUUUGACGAGUCCUGCAGCCUUCUUGCAGCAACCCAUCGUUGGUUCUGCCAUCUUCUAAGUUCUUUAUGAAUUGUGCUUCUAUAAUAAAGUUUUCAUGCCGACGUGUGUAACUCCUCGGAAAUAAGAAAAGUAAUGAUUGAGACUCUGAAGU